GAGAAGGGCGGGCCUGGCGAGUCGAGGGGCGGGGAGUGCGUUGCUCGGUGAGUGGUGGCGCGAAAGUAGGUUGGUAGCGCGAAGAUGGCAGCUGCUGUGGGGGAGCCGAAGCCCAAAAAGCUGAAGGUGGAGGCGCCGCUAGCGCUGAGUGAAAAUGUUCUCUUUGGAAUGGGGAAUCCCCUCCUUGACAUCUCUGCUGUAGUGGACAAAGAUUUCCUCGACAAGUAUUCUCUGAAACCGAAUGACCAAAUCUUGGCUGAAGACAAGCACAAGGAACUGUUUGAUGAACUUGUGAAAAAAUUCAAAGUCGAAUAUCAUGCCGGCGGUUCUACUCAGAAUUCAAUGAAAGUGGCUCAGUGGAUGAUUCAGCAGCCACAUAAAGCAGCAACAUUUUUUGGAUGCAUUGGGAUAGAUAAAUUUGGUGAGAUCCUGAAAAGAAAAGCUGCCGAAGCCCAUGUGGAUGCUCAUUACUAUGAACAGAACGAGCAGCCGACAGGAACCUGUGCCGCGUGCAUCACUGGCGACAACAGGUCCCUUGUCGCUAAUCUUGCUGCUGCUAAUUGUUAUAAGAAGGAGAAACACCUUGAUCUGGAGAAAAACUGGAUGUUGGUAGAAAAAGCAAGAGUUUGUUAUAUAGCUGGCUUUUUUCUUACAGUUUCCCCAGAGUCAAUAUUAAAAGUGGCUCAGUAUGCUUCUGAAAACAACAGGAUUUUCACUUUGAAUCUGUCUGCACCAUUUAUUAGCCAGUUCUACAAGGAACCAUUGAUGAAAGUUAUGCCUUACGUUGACAUACUUUUUGGAAAUGAAACGGAAGCUGCCACUUUUGCUAGAGAGCAAGGCUUUGAGACUGAAGACAUUAAAGAGAUAGCCCGAAAGGCACAAGCUCUGCCAAAGGUGAACUCAAAGCGGGCCCGGAUCGUAGUCUUCACCCAAGGGAAAGAAGACACCAUCAUGGCAACAGAAAGUGAAGUCACUGCUUUUCCUGUCUUGGAUCAGGACCAGAAAGAAAUUAUUGACACCAAUGGAGCUGGAGAUGCAUUUGUUGGAGGGUUCCUGUCGCAGCUGGUCGCCGACAAGGCCCUGACCGAGUGCAUCCGCGCAGGCCACUAUGCGGCGAACGUGAUCAUCCGGCGCAGAGGCUGCACCUUUCCUGAGAAGCCGGACUUCCGCUGAGGUCGAGCCGCUGCCCUGCCUGCCGCCCGGCCCGCCGCGGCGUCCCUGUGUCCCUGCCCCGCGCAGGGCGCCCCUCGCGCUCCUAGGAUCUGUAGUCUCAGCAGCCGUAGCUUGUUGGUGCAUCUUCAAUGUUAGACCGGAAUAGAGCAAUUUUAUUUCAAUUACUCUGUAAAUUCAUGUGUAUUUAGUAAAUUGAACUGUUUUUUUACAUUUCUGCUUUGAAUGCAGAUGCAAUUUAAUAUAAUAGAUUUUUUAAAGAAAUUAAUCUUAACACAUCUAUCUCUAGCUUUUUAUAUAUAACUUUAGAAAUGCGUGUAUACACACAUCUAGAUAAAGGAACCACAUAGAAUCAUGAUAGUCCAGUAAGGUAUGAAAAUAUACAUCUUGCCAAAUGAUUCCAGAUAAUCUCAAAAUCGUUAGUGUACACUCAAUCAGGUAGUACACUUUGGAUAACUGAGUAAUUUCCCAAAUGUUAAAUUGUAUUACAAUAUUCAGAUCAUAAUCUGCUUACUUAUGAUACUCUUUCAUUUGAUACAAAUAAAACUUGCUAUAUAGGAA